ACCCUGCAUGCUGAUAUGCCAAUAGCUAUAUACGUCUCAUUUCCGCUGAAGCUAACUCUAGGUCCCACCGGCAUCACCUAUCACCUCACCGUGUGUCGCCCACCUUGUGCUGCGAUGAAUACACCACAUUGCACAACAAAUCUCCGUCUUGAUAGUCACUCAUUCGCACACUUACCACACUUUAGCCACAGCGGAUUGUCACAAGCCUCCUGCACAGCUGGACAUUGA